CCUGGGUAUGAGGCCGGGCGGUGAGCGGAGCGCGGGUGGCGGCGGCGGCUGCGAUGAGCGACAUUGUGGAGAAGACGCUGACGGCGCUGCCGGGACUCUUCUUGCAGAACCAGUCGGCUAGCGGGCCCGCGGCCGCCAAGGCGUCCUUCUCCUCCCGACUGGGCGGCCUGGUCCGCGGCAUCACCGCUCUCACCUCCAAGCACGAGGAAGAGAAAUUAAUCCAGCAGGAACUGAGUAAUCUGAAAGCAACUGUUUCUGCUCCUACUACAACUCUGAAAAUGAUGAAGGAAUGUAUGGUGAGACUUAUUUAUUGUGAAAUGCUUGGAUAUGAUGCUUCCUUUGGUUACAUACAUGCAAUCAAGUUGGCACAACAAGGAAACCUUUUAGAAAAAAGAGUAGGUUAUUUGGCUGUUUCUUUAUUUCUACAUGAAAGUCAUGAACUGUUGCUUCUUCUUGUGAAUACAGUUGUAAAGGACUUGCAGAGCACUAACCUAGUAGAAGUAUGUAUGGCACUUACUAUCGUCAGCCAGAUUUUCCCUCGAGAAAUGAUUCCAGCUGUUCUUCCAUUAAUAGAAGAUAAACUUCAACAUUCUAAGGAGAUUAUACGAAGAAAAGCUGUCCUAGCAUUAUAUAAAUUCUAUCUUAUCGCUCCUAAUCAAGUACAGCAUAUCCAUAUUAAGUUUCGGAAAGCACUUUGUGACAGAGAUGUUGGUGUCAUGGCUGCAUCCUUGCACAUAUACCUUAGGAUGAUUAAGGAGAAUUCAUCUGCAUAUAAAGACUUGACUGGGAGUUUUGUAACAAUUUUGAAGCAAGUGGUUGGAGGAAAACUCCCCGUAGAUUUCAAUUACCACAGUGUACCAGCACCAUGGUUACAAAUUCAGCUGUUGAGAAUACUAGGACUUCUAGGAAAAGAUGAUCAAAGGACAAGUGAAUUAAUGUAUGAUGUUCUCGAUGAAUCCUUACGAAGAGCUGAGUUAAAUCACAAUGUCACGUAUGCUAUUCUGUUUGAAUGUGUACAUACAGUCUAUUCUAUUUAUCCUAAAUCGGAAUUACUUGAGAAGGCUGCCAAGUGCAUUGGAAAAUUUGUUUUGUCACCUAAAAUAAAUCUCAAAUAUUUAGGAUUGAAGGCUCUUACCUAUGUUAUCCAACAGGAUCCCACUCUGGCUCUUCAGCACCAGAUGACAAUAAUUGAAUGCUUAGACCAUCCUGAUCCCAUUAUUAAAAGAGAGACUCUGGAACUUCUUUACAGAAUUACUAAUGCACAGAAUAUAACAGUGAUUGUCCAGAAAAUGCUUGAAUAUUUACAUCAGAGCAAAGAAGAAUAUAUUAUUGUCAAUUUGGUUGGCAAAAUAGCUGAGCUGGCUGAGAAAUAUGCUCCUGAUAAUGCGUGGUUUAUUCAGACAAUGAAUGCUGUAUUUUCAGUGGGAGGAGAUGUUAUGCAUCCUGAUAUUCCCAAUAACUUUCUGAGACUGCUGGCAGAAGGUUUUGAUGAUGAAACAGAAAAUCAACAAUUAAGGCUCUAUGCAGUUCAGUCUUAUUUCACUUUACUAGAUGUGGAAAAUGUGUUCUACCCACAGAGAUUUCUUCAAGUUAUGAGUUGGGUUUUAGGGGAGUAUUCCUACCUCUUAGAUAAGGAAACGCCAGAGGAAGUUAUAACCAAGCUCUACAAGUUACUUAGAAGUGACUCCAUUUCUUCAGAAACAAAAGCCUGGAUAAUUGCUGCUGUGACCAAGUUGACACCUCAAGCACACUCUUCUAAUAUAGUUGAGAGAUUAAUCCAGGAAUUUACCACAUCUUUGGAUACUUGUUUGAGACAGCAUGCAUUUGAAUUAAAACAUUUGCAUGAGAAUGUGAAAUUUAUGAAGGGCUUGCUUCCAGUUGAUAAGAGUUGUGAAGACAUGGUGGUAGAUGCUUCCUUAUCUUUUCUGGAUGGUUUUGUGGCUGAAGAACUAAGUCAGGGGGCAGCACCUUACAAACCUCACCACCAACGGCAGGAGGAAAAGCUUUCUCAGGAAAAAGUUCUCAGUUUUGAACCAUAUGGACUCUCCUUUUCUUCAUCUGGCUUCUCUGGACGACAGUCUCCUGCUGGCAUUUCUCUUGGUUCAGAUACAUCUGGGAAUAGUACAGAGACCGGGCUAAAAGAGACAAAUAGCUUGAAGCUGGAAGGUAUAAAGAAAUUGUGGGGGAAAGAGGGCUAUCUUCCCAAGAAGGAAAGCAAAACUGGUGAUGAAACAGAAGCUCUGCCAGUCCCUCAAGAGAAUAUAAUAAUGGAGAAUGUAGAUCAAAUUAUAACAAAAAACGAUCAAUCUCAAGCCCUUACCCAAUCUAAAGAAGAGAAAGAAAAGCAGCUGCUGGCAUCAUCAUUAUUUGUUGGGCUAGGAUCAGAAAGUACAAUCAAUUUGCUAGGAAAAGCAGAUACCCUUUCUCACAAGUUCAGAAGGAAAUCAAAAGUCAAGGAAACCAAAAGCGGGCAAACAACCACUGCUCAAAAUAUGACCUGUUCUUCCUUUAGUUCUUCAUCAAAUGUGACUUAUGAAGAAGACUAUUAUUUGGAUCAUUUGCAGGAUAGAGGAGACAAAGAAGUAAAGAAAUUUUCUCUUAAUUCAGAACUUUUAGAUUCUGAGUCACUCACAGAACUGCCCUUGGUUGAGAAAAUCUCAAAUUGCAGGCUGUCUACACCCUCUUUGUUUGCUGAUAACAACAUGGAAGUUUUUCACCCUCCUCAGUCCACUGCAGCCUCAGUUGCCAAUGAAAUCUCUUUAGCUGUUUCUUUGUUGGAAGAAACUACUGAACACAUGCAUUCAGAUCUUAUGGAGGUCUGUAAUAAUGAAACCAUAUCAGUGUCUUCUUACAAAAUUUGGAAAGAUGAGUGUUUGUUGAUGGUCUGGUCAGUUUUUAAUAAGAGUGCUUCAGAACUGAAAAGUGCUAACUUAGAAAUUGCUCCUGCAGAAAAUUUCAAGAUCACUGAGCAACCUGGAUGCUGCUUGCCUGUAAUAGAAGCAGAAAGCACCAGAAACUUUCAAUACAGUGUGCAGAUGGAAAAACCUUUUACAGAAGGGAAUCUUUCUGGUUUUAUAAAUUAUCAAGUGAUGGAUACUCAUUCUGUUCAGCUCGAAUUUUCAGUAAACUUAUCACUAUUAGAUUUCAUUAGGCCAUUAAAAAUCUCGACUGAAGACUUUGGUAAACUCUGGUUAUCCUUCGCAAAUGAUGUGAAACAAAAUGUGAAGAUGUCAGAAUCACAAGCUGCUCUGCCUUCUACCUUAAAGGCCCUGCAACAGGAACUAAGACUUCAUGUUGUUGACAUUAUAGGCAAUGAAGGGCUGUUGGCCUGUCAGCUGCUCCCAUCCAUCCCCUGCUUGCUGCAUUUCCGAGUUCAUGGUGACAUGUUAGCCCUGUGGUUCAGAUCCUCCUGCUCUACUCUUCCUGAUUAUUUACUAUAUCAGUGUCAAAAGGUUAGAGCAUGGAUCGAUCCUCAGGUGCCUGUCCCUAUCCCCUGCUUUCAUCCUGGCCUGACCAGAGCAUUCAAAGCAGAGUGCUUUGUUUCUGUAUUCCUCUCCUCAAGAUGCAAGAAACACGGUUAUAUUCCAUUAUAGGUUAUUACAAGAUAUUGAAUAUAAUUACCUGUGGUAUACAGUAAGUCCUUGUUGCUUAUCUAUUUUAUGUAUAGUAGUUUGUAUCUGUUAAACCCAUACCCCUAAUUUGUCCCUCCUGCCCUCCCUCUCCCCUUUGGUAACCAUAAAUUUGUUUUCUAUGUCUGUGA